UUAUUUAUAAUAUAACUCAAUAAGGAUACUUUGUGUUGUAGAAUUGCUUCUGUUUAUCAAUGUGUAUAAAGUAAUUUUGCACAGAAAUAGGAAUCAUAAGCUACAAUGGCCGCCCCAGAAUUCGAUGCUGCCUUGGGCGGCACAGAGGAGCUACCUUUUUCAGCAAAUAGUUUGAAAUUUGCUACAUCUAGAAGCAUAGAAAUAGCUGCUAUGACUGAAAGCAUUCUUCGCCCAAGUAAAACUAAGCUUAUCUUUCAAACACUGCCUGUUCACAUGCGCCGCCGAGUCAUGAGCCACAACUGCAAGAGAUUACCGAGAAAAUUACGUGAGGGACAUUUAGAGCAGUUAAAAAAGAGUGGUCUACCCCCUAAACAAAAGAGGCCGUCUAGAAAAUAUCGCAGACGGCCGGGAAAUCUGUUAGAUGAGUAUAAUCGACGGCAGAAGCGAAAUAUUUGGUUAGAGACUCAUAUAUGGCAUGCUAAAAGAUUCCACAUGGUCGACCGCUGGGGGCACCGGCUGGCCCUCGCGUCCUGUGACAAAGCAUUCAGAAUGUGUUACAGGGCCACCUCUGCUCACUGUUUACUACAAGAUGUGUCAUACCUUACUCCAAUACAAGUUACAGGACCAGUAGCAUUAAUAAAAGAAAUGUUUUCAUUGUUAACCAGUUGUGUCUGUGGACUUGGCAUCUGUGCUCAAGCUUACGUAACUGGCAAGAGGGAAGGUACUAUACAUCUGUAUGAAGUAAACUCUUAUCCGUUUGGUUACAUUGGAAAAGUGACCUUUAUUUGGCUCCCCACUGACAAUCAAAAUAAGGUCCUGUGGCUAUUUGUCCAUCCAUCUCAGGCAAAACAAGUAGAAUCAGCUUUAACAAACAUGUUAAGCGCUACAAGUACAGAUGAGCAUGAUGUAACAAUAAAAAAAAGAAAAACCACUAAUAAAUUUACAGAAUAUAUUAAAUUCAAAGUGUUACCGGGCAUAUUCAACAGAUUCCGACUGACAGGACCCAACAGCCAUGCAAUCUUGACUCACAGUCUCAAAUGUGUAAAUGAGCUUGAUACCUCAGAAUGGCAAGCACUCCUUAAAGAAAAAGAUGAUUUAUAUUUAAAAGAAAAGCAUGACUACUGGCAAGAGAUCAGUAAGGCUAGCUCACCAUCUCAGUUGCCACCAAAAACAGUUGUAGGCUUGGUUGUCAAAGAUCCACGCCUAAGUCGACCUACACACCGCACAAAGGCUAAAUAUGAAAACACAGAACCAAUACCUACACAAUCCUUGCUCGGCAUACCAAAUGAAGCAGCAAAAUCAGCCUUAUGGGAUACAAGUUUACAUGAUGUUAUCAAGAAAAAUAGGCUGACCAAUGGGCAGUUCAUAGCUCACAUUACCAAGAGUCAGUUGGUGCCGGGAGAGGUGAAUGAGAAUGAUCCUGCUCUGCAAAGUGUUCCUGUUGUGCUAGUGCAGAGACCAGGCUCACAAGAACCUAGUAUUAAGAAACUUGGUUAUGGAUGUGGAUGGGACAUAAUUUUACCCUCUGGCUACAGCCUGCAAUUCUGGCAAACAUUCAUCAUGUUCGGAGCAAGGUCUGGAGGUCUCCGAGAAACUGAGAGCUUAGCCUUUGAAACGGGUGAACACCACAUACCUCCAGACUCCGAAGCUGGCAACGUUGAGGAGAAAAGAAUAGAGAUGGAGUUAAAAGAAAGAUAUUUCAAACUACCUCCUAGUAAGAGAGUUAAUUACGCUAAAUUAGGCGUUAAUAGCCCUUUCGCUUGCCCAUGGAAGAUCUUGUUGAAAGAUUGGACGUCAAAUUCAGUAGAUGACUUCUUUAUUUUGCGGGAUAGGAAACUUUUGGAUCAAGUACAGAAUUGUGUGAUGAAUAAGAAAGCUCUCCCACAAAUGGAAAAAUCCGAGUCAUGCUUGGUGGCUGUGUACAUUAAAAUAAAAGGCAAAGGUACUCUCAAAAAGCAUGCCCAUCUAUAUUUACCACUGCCCGGAGAUGACAAAACAAUCAAAACGUUAUUCGAACCCCACCAUGAAGACCCUAACGAAAAACUAAGAAAACAGAAACGUAUAACACACAUAAGUGACAUGAAACGCCUGAGAAGAAGAAAUAUCAAACUAAAGAAGCAUAAAACAACAACAAACUGUAUUGUUGGACGAAAAAACGUGCAAAAGGAGCCAUCGGAAUAUGUAAAAAUGAUGAGAGAACUAUGGGUGCCCUCCAGCAUAAAAACCGUUCGACAUUCCACAGCAAGGGAAAUCAUAGGAUUUAUAUCUCAAGGAGGUUUCAGUUUCUCUGAAGCCCAGAGUUGCGGUGUUGGAUUCGUCGCAUAUAACGCUCUAAAUGCGCUUCUCAGGACUGGACAAAAUAAUAUUCUAGUCCGAAACAUAACAUCGAGGAAAUAUAGAUUGGGUUCAUUGCAAGUUACAGUGCCAUAAAUC